AUGAGACGAGAUUGUCUAUGGAACUCGCAGAGACAAAGAAAAAAGGCUAAGGAGGCUCACAAGCUGUCUGCCAAAGUAGAGGAGAUGAUUGAGAAAUCAAAGGGUAAGACCAAACAGCAAAGGGAACUGGGAGAAGAAUUGGAGUCCGUCAGAAACAAAGCCUCUGAAGCCGACUCUCUUUCACCUAGACUUGAAGAGGAGAUCAUGAAGAUUGAGAGCGGUCGCGAAAAACUCUCUGAGAAGGCGUCUGAGGUGAUCGAAAAGGAUGACAUACCGGAAAGGCAAACUGAUCGCUUCGCUGAAUUGAGCUUCAAGCUGAGAACCUUGCGUAGGAACCGAGACCUAGCCAGAAAAGAGGCAAAGACUCUUGGAUACAAUGAUGAAGGUUACGUGACCAGGAUUGAGGCUUAUAAGACCAAGAUCAGUCAACAAGAAUCCCGAAUCGAGGAACUAGAGAGAAAGGCCUUGAUUUUGGAGGAGGAGCUCCACAACUUGGGUGUGACGGAUGCGGGCCACAAGCGCGUUAUUGAGGAACGUGAGAGGGGUGCUAUGAAGAAGGAUCAAGAAUGGAAGAAUUCGAGCAAUCGAUGAAAGACCAAGGAUGUGAUAGAAAACGAGCGACUAACAGUUCCAAGUCGGUACCUGAGGGUGCUUCAUGAAGCAAGUCUUCCAUGAGCAAAUCCUGUGCAGGGAUUGACGGCGGUGCGACAUCCUGUAAAUCUCCCGUCCGCAAAUCCUGCAGGGGAAAAUCCUCCCCAAAGCAAUACUGCGAGUCAAUUUGCUGAGAGUACCACUUCACGGGGGGAGAUGCUUCCGGAAACACCCACAUUGUUGCCGAAACAGCCGCAGUGCUUCGUUUUACACAACGUUGAGAGUCUGGCCAUCCGCUUGUGAACUCGGUGCUACAUUAGCAAAACACUUUCUCUGCUCUGUCACAAGUUUCAC